GAAGCAAUGUAUAAAAGGGGGAAGAAGAAAUGUAGGUGUUUAUUUAUUAUUCUAAUUUAUAUAGCCGCCCAUCUCAUAUAUAGGACUCUUGGGGAUAGUGUAUCCCUUGGGGGUGGAAAUGGGUGGUCUUAGGGUUUAAAUAUUCAGACUCUGCGGAAAGAAAUGUUUAAAGGUCUUUGGAGUGACUUCUCCACCCUGGUGCCCUCCAGACUAAAGUUCCCAUCCUCCACAGCCAAAGUAUUGGGGGCAUCCUACAGAGUCAAGAGGUUAGGUUGGGAUGUGGGAGGGAGUUGGAAUGGACGGGUCUUGAAAAGUAGAUAUUAGAGAGAGAUUAUACAUAUAUAUGUAUGUAUGUGUGUGUGUGUGUGAUGAAAUCCAUAUGGGAUUCUAGAGAAAGAGGGAGAACUGAGAUAAUUGCAAUCAUUUAAAUGGGUGGAGUGGAAGGAGGGAGUAAUCCAGUGAUUAUUGUAAUGUGAGAAAUUUUGAGGGUUGUGAAAUAUGGGUUGGGAAGAUUUGGGUUGUUGUAAAACUUAAAAUCUGGAUAAUUGAAGUGGGAUCAAAGAGUGGAGUUGGAGAAUAGGAAGUGAAUGGAAGCCUGACUGUGUAGUUGCAUCUGUAAAACAUGCUGUGCCAAACCAUUUUUUGUGCCUAAUGGGGGUGGCCUGCUUCAUGCAAGAUGCUGGGUCCCCCAAUGCUGGAAUGCAAGCUUUCCGAGCUUUUAGCCUAUCCUGAUUCAUUGUGCAACCCAGUUUUAUAGAUGUGAAUUGGAAAGUGAGAGAUACAUACAUGAAAAGUUGGGGAGGGGACACAAAGGUGGCCAGUAUUACAGCAUUAAGUUUCUGCUGUUGAGUAGAAGUUGUGGGUGAUGAUCGAAAUGAUGUGGAAAGUAAUGGUAUUAGCAGGGAAUGUGAAAGAUGUAGGACUAGAGUGUUAAAAAAGGGUAAUUUGGAACCUGACUUUUGGGAGAGUCACUGUUGGUCAGGGAAGAAAUAGAUAAUUAUGAUACGAAAUGUAAGAAUUGCAAUUACUAUUAAUUAUGAGAGGAAUUUUUUUUCUUGAAGUACAAGUAUUGGGAAGUUGGAUCAGAAGGCUAUUUAAGUUGCAACAAAGAUCUGCAUUUUAUUCCUUCUUCUCCACAUUUCAACCCUCCUGGUUGCAGAGGAAAUCCAGCAAAGGCAAAGAGAAGAAGCAGAAACGAUUGGAGGAAAGGGCAGCCAUGGAUGCUGUCUGCGCCAAGGUUGAAGCGGCAAAUAAACUGGGAGACCCCUUAGAAGCGUUUCCGGUGUUCAAGAAAUACGACAGAAACGGACUGAAUGUUUCUAUCGAGUGUAAACGAGUAUCCAGUUUGGACCCGGCUACGCUCGACUGGGCAUUUGAGCUGACCAAAACAAACAUGCAGACCUUGUACGAGCAGAGCGAGUGGGGCUGGAAAGACCGGGAAAAACGGGAAGAAAUGACCGAUGACCGGGCUUGGUACUUAAUCGCUUUGGAAGACGGCUCCCUCCCCGUGGCUUUCUCCCAUUUCCGCUUUGACGUUGAAUAUGGAGAGGAGGUGCUCUACUGCUAUGAAGUACAGCUGGAAAGCAAAGUGAGGAGGAAAGGUCUGGGCAAGUUUCUCAUACAGAUCCUGCAGCUCGUGGCAAAUAGCACACAGAUGAAGAAAGUCAUGUUAACAGUGUUCAAACACAAUCACGGAGCCAACCAAUUCUUCAGAGACGCUUUACAGUAAGUAAAAGCCUUGAUUUAAUUAUUCUUCCUUUCUGAGACAGAAAGAAGGUGGCAGCUGGGUAAUUGGGGUAAAAAAAAAAAAGCCUUUUUCAAUGUAUAACCUCCUUUUUUAGAUUAGAACAUGCACCAGGUAAAAAUGAAUUUGAGCCACAAAAUACUAGACCGCUUCCUGGAAUAUGAUCCAAGUUGAGUUUGUUAUACGGUUACGGGAGUGGAGUCCUUGGGGUUCUCUGAGCUUGAUUCUUUUCUUGCAAACAUUUCAUUACCCG